AAUUUUAUCAACCGUUGAUAAAAGACGAAAUUUUUUGCUUCAAAGAGCCUAUAGAGAAAAUAUAAGUAUUAAUUUAUGGAUUCUAGAUGUCUCUUGUUUGUGUACAUCUCUCCAGCUCAUUAGCCCAGACUUGCCUCAGCUCGGCGAUCUAAUCUUCUGUUUUUCAACUAUCCGGUGACUCUCCGAUGGAAUCUUCUCUCCUUCGACUGAGAAAUUCACUUCAAUAAUUUUGGAUAGUUGGUUCUGGAAUGAGCAUUGAGAGAUGCAGAGGGUGAAGAAAAAGUUGGGAAAGUAUGAACUUGGCAAAACCAUUGGUGAAGGGACUUUUGCCAAAGUUAAGUUUGCACAGAACUCAGAGACUGGUGAAGGUGUUGCAAUCAAAGUCAUGGCAAAGAGCACCAUUCUUAAGCACAAAAUGGUUGAACAGAUCAAACAAGAGAUAUCUAUAAUGAAGAUUGUCAGGCAUCCUUGCAUUGUUCGCCUCCAUGAGGUUUUAUCUAGCCAGACAAAAUUAUAUAUUGUUUUGGAAUUUGUCACUGGAGGAGAACUAUUUGACGAAAUUGUUCAUAAAGGCAGGCUUCCUGAGGAUAAGGCAAGACUGUACUUCCAACAACUUCUAGAUGCAGUUGCGCAUUGCCAUAGUAAGGGUGUUUAUCACCGUGAUCUGAAGCCAGAAAAUCUGCUUCUUGAUUCCUAUGGCAACUUGAAAGUCUCUGAUUUUGGACUGAGUGCAUUGCCCAAGCAAGGAGUUGACCUACUUCAUACCACAUGUGGAACUCCAAACUAUGUUGCGCCUGAGGUGUUAGGUCACCGUGGCUAUGACGGAGCUGCUGCUGAUGUUUGGUCGUGUGGAGUCAUCCUAUAUGUUUUAAUGGCUGGAUAUCUACCCUUUAACGAGCCAGACCUUCCAACAUUGUAUCAAAAGAUAAACGCAGCAGAGUUUGUAUGUCCAUUUUGGUUUUCUCCUGGUGCAGUAUCAUUGAUACAGAAAAUACUUGACCCCAACCCUGAGACUCGCAUUAAGAUUGAAGGGAUAAAAAAUGAUCCAUGGUUCCAGAAAAAUUAUAUUCCUAUCCAAGGUAGAAAAGAUGAAAAAGUGAGUUUGGAUGACGUCUGUGCUGUUUUUGAUGACAUUGAGGAUGAAUUUGUAGCUGAAAAGUCUGAAAGUACCAACAAUGGCCCUUUUAUUAUGAAUGCUUUUGAAAUGAUUACUUUGUCUCAAGGGUUGAACCUCUCACCGUUGUUUGAUAGGCGCCAGGAUUAUGUCAAGCGACAAACCCGUUUUGUGUCACGCCAACCUGCCAAUGUCAUCAUAUCUACAAUUGAAGCAGCUGCAGAAUCAAUGGGACUAAAGGUCCAUACGCGUAACUACAAGACUAGAAUUGAAGGUGUAUCUGCAAACAAGGCGGUCAAUUUCGCCGUUGUUUUGGAGGUUUUCCAAGUUGCCCCAUCUCUUUACAUGGUGGAUGUCCGAAAGGCAGCUGGAGACACUCUUGAAUAUCACAGGUUCUACAAGAACUUGUGUGAAAAAAUUGAGAACGUUAUUUGGAAAUCAAAGGAAGGGGAUUGACUGAUAGUGCUGCGCUUAGACCAAUGACUUGCUGAUCUGAUUCAAGGGUGUGAAGCAAAUCGGUUAACCUAGCAACGCAGCCAUUCCUCGGACGCAAAUCAAUAACAUUAUGUUCAAGGUUUGCAGAAUGAAAUCUGGUUAUAUUAGCCUGUCAUAUUUUGCUGUGCUUGUAUAGUAGUGUGUGGAAUUUGAUCUUUCUGCAGCUAUACGGUUGGCUUAUACCAGCCACCUCUCUGCCGCUCAUCAUUUUAAUUUUGAAACAAUCUUUAUACAAACGUGAGAGAUUGCAUAGGAAGAUUCUUCCUUGUGAUUGCAAUGCCAUUUCUGUAUAUUACUGACAAAUAAAAUGAAAUUGAUGAAUGAUCAGAAGCCUACAUUUUUCAUA